AUGGCGUCGUCCACAGAGCAGAGUCUCCUGGAGCUCACUGAUAAGGAAACUCGGGAGAAGCUGUCGCACUGGGACCGUCGCGGGGAUCCGAUGGCUCCGUUAACGGAGAAACAGACGGACUCGGUCCUCGAGAUCCGCGCAGCCGCAGAAGUCGCGCUUCUCCCAGCGGAGAUGAAUUGCGCUUUCCUCCGCAGGAAGACUCGUGAUGUUCUGAGCGUCUGUCAGGAGCAGUGUGACUCCAUACUGAGCGACGUGAACGCUGCGCUGGAGCGUCUGGACUCUCUGCAGAAGCAGUACCUCUUUGUGUCCACAAAAACAGGAACGCUUCAUGAGGCCUGUGAACAACUGCUGAAGGAGCAGUCAGAGCUGGUGGAUCUGGCUGAGAGCAUCCAACAGAAACUCUCAUAUUUUAAUGAACUGGAAAACAUAAACACGAAACUGAACUCCCCGACAUUAUCAGUGAACAGCGAGGGAUUCAUCCCGAUGCUUUCCAAACUAGACGAAUGCAUAGAAUACGUCUCAUCACAUCCACAUUUUAAAGACUACCCAGUCUAUCUGACCAAAUUCAGGCAGUGUCUGUCCAGAGCCAUGCUCCUCAUCAAGAGCCACACGGUCAGCAGCCUGCAGAACCUCACGGCUCAGCUCACCAAAAGGGACCCGCUGGGUGCUCCGAACGCAGACAACGCCUUCACGCUCUACUAUGUGAAGUUCAGAGCAGCGGCUCCCAAAGUUCGAUCAGAGCUGGUGGAUCUGGCUGAGAGCAUCCAACAGAAACUCUCAUAUUUUAAUGAACUGGAAAACAUAAACACGAAACUGAACUCCCCGACAUUAUCAGUGAACAGCGAGGGAUUCAUCCCGAUGCUUUCCAAACUAGACGAAUGCAUAGAAUACGUCUCAUCACAUCCACAUUUUAAAGACUACCCAGUCUAUCUGACCAAAUUCAGGCAGUGUCUGUCCAGAGCCAUGCUCCUCAUCAAGAGCCACACGGUCAGCAGCCUGCAGAACCUCACGGCUCAGCUCACCAAAAGGGACCCGCUGGGUGCUCCGAACGCAGACAACGCCUUCACGCUCUACUAUGUGAAGUUCAGAGCAGCGGCACCCAAAGUUCGAAGGCUCAUUGAACAAGUUGAACAGCGGUCCAACAAAAUCCCAGAGUAUCAGCAGCUGCUGGAUGAGAUUCAUCAGUGUUAUCUGGAGCAGAGGGAAGUCCUGCUCAGUCCCUGUAUAAACGCCACCAUCACAGAUCUCACCAGCCAGAACAACAAGAUGACAAACUCUUAUAUUAAUGACUUGUGGCAGAUUGGGACGAAUGUGCAGCUGGCAGCGUUUGACGCCGUGGUGAAGCAGAUGCUGGAGGACGUUCAGGAGCGUUUGGUCUACAGGACACACAUCUACAUCCAGACGGACAUCCUCGGAUACAAGCCUGCGCCGGGAGACCUGGCCUACCCCGACAAACUAGAGAUGAUGGAGAAAAUCGCUCAGAGUCUGAAGGAGGAGCAGAUGAAGCUGACCUCGAGCAGCUCUUUCUCUGACGUGCAGCUGGAGGAGUCUGAUAAUAAGAAGCUCGUCAGCUCUGAUCCGCGCGCACACAGCACAGUUUCUCCGGCAGAUCUUCAUGGCAUGUGGUAUCCCACCGUCAGACGGACGCUCGUGUGUCUCUCCAAACUCUACCGCUGCAUAGACAGGGCGGUGUUUCAGGGUCUGUCACAGGAAGCUCUGUCUGCCUGCAUCCAGUCUCUCCUCAAAGCCUCUGAUAUCAUUCAGAAGAACAAGAAUCAAAUAGAUGGGCAGCUCUUUCUCAUCAAACAUCUCCUGAUCAUGCGCGAGCAGAUCGCCCCGUUCCACGCCGACUUCGCCAUUAAAGAGAUCUCUCUGGAUCUGAAGAAGACCAGAGCCAAAAUUAAUGACAUUGUGAUGGCCACCUAUCGCAUACUGAAAACCAAGCUGCCCAUCACCUUACAGAGCUUGUCUUUAUAUCUGGCCAAUAAGGACACAGAGUUCAUCCUGUUCAAGCCCGUCAGGAACAACGUCCAGCAGGUGUUCCAGAGACUGCAUGCGUUACUGCAGAAGGAGUACAGCGGCGAAGACCUGCAGAUCAUCGCAUGUCCCUCCAUGGAACAGAUAAAUCUGCUGCUGUCUGUGAAAUAGCUCUGGACUCAGUGAACAGUGAAGUUCUUCCACACUCGGACCACGUCAGCGUUGGGAAAAGAGUCGGAGAUUAUUCCCA